AUGUCACAAAUAUGGGGAAGGGGACAUCUCUCGAAGGAUUGUCUACAAGGGGGCGGUGGUGGAAGUCGUGCCUGCCAUGAGUGUCAUGAAGCUGGCCACACCUCGAAAGGCUGCCCUAAUCUAUUCAGUGAAUUGACGGAAGAUGGAAAGCCGCGUGAGCAAUACAUUCUGGAAGCUGUGAUAUACGAUGAAAAGGAACUGAAUAAGGGCAUCAUCUGUGGGGAACGCUUUAACAAUUUUGUUAAAGUUGUCCUUCAGAUUACAGGAAAAGAUGUACCUCAAUACUUAACACCAUUCGAAGAAGCCGGCCUGUGUCAACUACUAAACCAACACCUGUUCAGAAAGCUUCAGUUGCAGGCGUCGUACUUGGUACCGGUUUUGAACAUAUUGUUAGAACAAGGUGUUGCUGGUGCGUCUCAUGCCAUGGGGCAAAAGCCAGAAGUUGUAAUUGUCGCACCCACUCGUGAAUUGGCCAUUCAAAUUCACCGCGAAGCGUGUAAAUUCUCCUGCAGUUCAGUUUUAAAGUUUGUGAUUAUAUAUGGAGGAACUGUCACGAGCCAUCAACGGUCAAAUCUUCAAGCUGGGUGCAAUAUUCUUGUCGCGACCGCGGGGCGAUUCAAGGAUUUUCUCGACGGUGGAGUAUUUGACUUCUCAGGGGUCAGGUUUUAAAUUUUGGACGAAGCUGAUCGAAUUGUCAACCAUCCAACGGUGAAUCCGAAAGGAAUCCGUCGUGUUGUAUAUUUUCGGCUACAUUCCCAGAUGAAGUAGAAGCGCUGGCUGCGACGUACAUGGAAGACUACAUCUUCGUCACAACAGGCAUUGUCGAUGGCACCAAUCCGGAUGUUGAACAGUGGUUUUUUCAGUGCUCGAAAAGAGAUAAGAGAGCUAAACUGAUCGAAGUUUUACAAGAUCUCGGUGAUGCCAAGACUAUCGUUUUUGUCGACAGCAAAAAGACGGCGGAUUUCGUCGCUGCAUUCUCGUGCAAUGACAACUUACAAUCUACCAGCAUCCAUGGUGAGCGUCAACGAAAAUCGUAAAUGUCUCUUCCGAAGCGUCUGUCAGAAAAAUAUACUAGCAAUCAACUCACGAAUCAUAUGAACAAUAAAAGCCGAUGUCGAGGUGACGAAGAAAACAACACGUCGAGGUGCUGUCAAACGUGUCUCCGUUCCGGAGAAGGAAGCGCCGGAAGGCAAAAGGCGUCGUGGUGAAACGAAAGCCAAUAAAUACGUUGCUGGAUUGGAUGAUGUAGAAAUGUUAGACGAAGGCAAAGGACACGCUGCCGACAUCCACGCCAAUCACAUGCCAGAUGAACCGGAGGCGAACAAUGGAUCGCCAGUCACAUCCGUCAAAAGUGGACGAUCUACUCGCGCAAAGGGCGCACUCAAAGUUCAUUUUGACGUGGCCGAAACGGCGCAUUCGCCAGUCAGAUCCACCAGUUCGGCGCGGACGACGGCUUCACCGGCCGAGAAGAAACUCUCUCUCCAGCUGGAACGCGACCCCGACAUUGAGAUUUUGGCCGCUACAGCCAAAGAAGAGGAAGAGAAAGCACCGGCCGCCAAACGUUCACGACAAAAGAAGGGCCCGGCAGUAUCUGCCGCAACAAUGGCGGAUGAACCUCCGGCCGUGCCGGCCACGAAACGGACACGUGAUGGCAAGAAAACAACUAGCGAACCUGAGCUUGUUAAGGAGGAUACCUCAUCGCCACCACCUCGACGUACUCGACGUAAGAAACAUCUAACAGCAAGACCCAUCAAUGAAUUACCUAUUUUGUUUUUCUUUUGUUUUACCCAUAAUUUUUUACCCAUUGAAUAAUUUGUUCACAUAUCGGAUUCUAUUCUGCUUUUGGGUUCACUUCUGUACCUCUUUCCCCAAGUUGACCUCAUUACGUGUUCCUAUCCAUGCGUUGAGGCUCACUUGAUUAUAAUUUUUUGUUCUUUAAAUUUUGUGUCCAAUUUUCAUUCUGAGCGACGCCCAAAUAAUUUUGAAGAAAUACAGAUUUUGGUACGGUUGGUUAAGUAUUUCACAAUUGGCACGGAUUUGUGUGUGUGUGUGUUACUGAUGUUGGUGGACCUACUGCGCGAGAGCCGCAACAUGAAUUUAUCUU